GAUUUAUAUUUCACAUCAAAAGAGUUUUAAUGCUUUUCCACCCAGAGAAAUUGAAUUCCCUUUAAUUAAAUUUGAUUGGCGAUUUAGCUUCUCAAAAUUAUGAAUAAGACGAAUUUGGUAUUCCUUACAGCCCAGAAUAAAAUUUUUAUAAAAAUUAUUUAGAGCAAAAAAGUAUAAACAAUAAUAGCAAUAAUGAAUAGGCAAAUUGCUUUUCUUAAUAUGUAACUAAUGUGAAUAUUUCUCAUGAGAAAUAAAAAGAAAUUGAAAGACAAAAGAUGAAAAAAAGAAAAAGAAAAAUAUUAAGAAAAUUAUAAAAGCUUUUUGGCAUUAAUUUUUUUUCUUAGAUUUUAUAAAUGUGCAAGCAAAAGAUGAAGAGAUUAGCUAAACUUACAAUUAAUAAAAUACCUCUAAUAGAUUUAAAUUCUAAUUACUACUAUAUUUGGCAGACAAUAAUCUUGAUUUGUGAUUCGAUUGUUAUGAUUUACAUCCCAUUUUAAAUAAGUUUUUAGCCUAUUGAAGUUGUUGAAGUCUAUUUGUUAAAGGUAGUUCUUCCAAUAGUUUACUUCAUGAAUCUGUUUAUUAAUUUGAAUGUAUCCGCUUACGAUAAAGGAAUCGUAAUCACUUCUCGCUCGAAAAUAGUCAAAUUGUAUUUUACUAAUAGCUUCAUAUUUGAUUUUAUAGCUAUUAUCGCCUCAUUUUCUCACAGUUUUCUCCUUUUAAUUCGAUAUUUUUACUCCAACUCUUUGAUUGAGUAGCUCAAAUCAUACUUCAUCCUUAAUUCAAAUUUAAGUGCUGUCAUUUAACUUACCUCUCUGGUUAUAAAAAUAUUUGCUUUUUCACAUAUUUUUAGUUGCUUUUGGCAUGCAAUAGGCUAGUACUAUUACUUUCAAAAAAUUGGAUGGAUAUACGAGCUUGGAUUUUCAAAUGAAGAUUCAUAUAAAAUCUACAUUGUUUGCUUUUACUAUGCUGUAGUCACUAUGAGCACUAUUGGAUAUGGAGAUAUUUAUGCUAAAACUACUGGGGAGAUGCUUUUCAUGAUAUUUGCAAUAUUAAUAUCUAGUUGCUUAUUCGGAUACACAAUAAAUUAAAUAGGGACAAUAAUUACAGAACUUAGAUAUAAGCAUGAAAUUUGCUCUAAAAAGUAAGCUAAACUGGAAGAAUAUUUAAGUAGACAUCAAGUAGAUGCAGGAUUAAGGAGCAAAGCCAGAAAAUAUAUUUAAUAUAUUUAUUAAUAAGAAAAUAUUAUGAAUAAGGAUGGUUAAGAAAACCUUAAGCAUUUAAACUCUUAUCUAAAACAAGAGAUUUAAAAGGAUAUUAAAACAAAGGCAUUUAGUAAAACAAAGUAAAUAUUCUAAUGUAUCUCAAGAAAUCCUAAGUUUUUAGAUAGAGUCGUCUCAAUAAUAAAGGAAUAGUAAUACGGACCUGAAGAAUUGAUUAACUUACCAAAUUAGAAUUGUAAUCCUUCUCUGCACAUAAUCCAGUAUGGCGAAGUUGAAAUAUUUAUUAAAUCUAGAGAGAGUAAUUUACCUUUUAAGACAAUACAAUUUCUUAAGGCUGGGAGUGUAUUUGGCUAACAAGAGUUUUUCACUAAUAACUAAAUAAACUAUUUAUAGGCAAGAUCAGUGGGAAUAUCUUACAUAUCUUUUAUACAACUUUAAGAUUUUGAAUCUAUUUUAGACUAAUUUCCUGAAGAAAAAGAAAAGUUCUUCAUGAUAAGAGACUAGGUGCUUAUAAAUAAAUAGAAUUUUCUCAUUUAAGAUAGUUGUAUUUCUUGCAAAUCAGACAAUCAUAAUCUUUAAAAUUGCCCUUAUAUUUUUUAUUUUCCUAUUAUUAAUGAUGGCAAAAAAAUAUAAUAGAUUGUAAACUAAAUUAAUAAUUAAGACUAAAGUCUUUUUAAAUAGUAAUUUAGGUAGAGGCAAAAAGUGAAUGUCUUUAAAAAUUUAAAUUUACUUUAAUCCUAAAUAAAUUAGUAUUAAGUUAAUUAGGAUGAAUUCAUUAACAUUUUCUAUGGAUAGUUAGAUGAACAAGAUCACAUCGAUGAUUAAGAUCAAAGCCUGUGUUAAAUGAGACCAGAAUUCGAAGAUACAGAUUCAAUGUCUUAAGAUUAAAAUAAAGAAAAUAUUAAUCUUAGCAGAAUUAGAAGUCACUCUAAUAUUUCUCUAAAAAACAAUAACUCAUAUAAAUUUCCAUUACAAAAUUAAGUUGUAUUUAAUGAUUUGGAUUCUUAAAAAUUACGUAAUAGUCAUUAAAAUAGCUAAAUUCUGACUAUUGAUAAAGAAAUGUCUCACAGAAAAGGUUCUAAUAGCUAUUCUUCAAAAAAAGGAAGUAAAAAAUCAAAACAAUUUUAAGAAAAUGACAGAAUAUUAACUUAAUCUUCUCAGAUUGCUUGUGAAAAUAAAUUUGAUUAAAAGCCAUCAGAUAUUUUAAUUAAGAAUAUAAAGAGUGAGAUGUUCAACGAAGAUAUAAUUUAGUAGUAAGCUAAACAACCUAUUCAAACAGAUAUUUUAAAAAGAAGUUUUACUACCAAAGGAACAGAUGAAGUGGAAAUGAAAAAAACUAUUUCACGAAAAAAGAGAAAAUCUUUUACUCAAGUAAAUUAAAAGAAACUAUAAAAAGAAGAAGAGGAAAAUGAGGAAUUUUGUUUAAAAGAUUAGGUAGUAUUUAGAGAAUAACUCAACUAAAAUAAUACAUCAGAAACAAAUAUAUUUACCAAUAAUCAUACCCAUUUUUCUAAGAAUUUUACAAAUCAGUAUUAGAAUAAAAUUCUUUCGAAUAAUGCUGCACUGUAGUCAGAUAAAUAAAUAUAGAAUUCAUCCUAAAUUAAUAUUCUUGGAGGAGUUAAUUCAAACUUAUUCCCAACUAUAAAUUUAUAGCCUCUUUUGUAUUAAAAUUCAAAUAGUUUAAGCUCCAAAAAUCAUUCAAAUAUUUAGCCUCAUAAAACACAAAUUUCUCAAUCUUCAAACCAUACAAUCUACAAAUAAAAAAUACAGAAUCCUGUAAUAUAAAUUCUGCCAAGUUUAAUAAGCUAAUUAAAUUAAAUUUUUGUAUAGAACUAAAAUUAAAAUAACAUUAAUAUGAACCAAGUAAAUAAAAACAGUAUUGAUCAAAAUAUAUCAAACGAAGAAAUAUAAACUAUUUUAGGAAGAAAUAUUAACAAUUAAAAUAAACAAUACUUAAAACCUAAUUAGUUUACUGAUGGAAAUAUCAUACCUUUAAAUCUAGAUAUCUUAAAAAAUUACCAAUUUUAUCUUCCUCACAACAAUUUCGAUAAGAUGUCUCAUUCUUAUAAUUAAAAGUUGAAAAAUAAGCUAUAAAUUUAAAAAAAAGUCUCUCCUAAAAAAAUUAGAAGAUCUAAAAAUGAAAUAACCUUAAUAUAAGAUAUUCAAUUGAAUUGA